AUGACCACCGACACGACUACCACAGCCGCCGCCAACGCCGCCGAAAUGGAAGUGCUGACCGAAAAUGAGGCGCUCACCUACAGCUCCAGCGCCGACGCCCGCCUCGACUUUCUCUUUCACGUCAUCGAGGGCAGCUCUCCGGAGCGCACCACCGAGCUGCUGAAGGCGUCCUGGGCGCAGGCGCCGCUGGACACGCUGAAGUUGGUCUUCAAUGCACGGGACAUUCGCCGCGGCAAGGGUAUUCGCGGCCAGUUUCUCAUCUGCGCCCAGUGGCUCAUCGCGAACCAGCUGGAGACGCUGCUCGCCAAUCUGCCGCUGCUGACGGAGCCCUUUGGCUGCUGGAAGGACCUGCUCAAUGUGCUGAUGGUGGCGCUUUUCAGCGAGGCGAAGCUCCUCCCGCAUGACGCCUUCACCGAGGAGGGCCGCAAGGAGCCCCUGGUGUCGCCCUAUGACCGACACAUUCUCCGAGCGUCGGCGAACAAAGAGCAGCGCAAGGCGCUGGCCGCCACAAAGACUACCAUUCGCCAGAUUAGGCGACGGCUGAUUGUUCAUGGGGAGGAGGAGGUGUCGGAAGAAGCGGCUGAAGAAGGUGAUGAUGAAGUUGCCGAAGGAGGCGACGAAGGCGACAACGAAGCCGAAGCUGUGGAAGCUCCAGCCCGGGAAAAGAGAAGCCGAAUGAGCCGCCAGAUUGACAUUGUCAAGGCGCCCAUUGGUGGUGGUGAGGAUGCUGCAGAGGGCGAGGGAGAAGGCAGCGAAGAUCAUGCCCAGCCCCAGCGUCUGGAGUUCAAGAAGAGGGCCAGCUACUUUCCGGCGAAGGCGAGGGCCGGUGACAAGGCCGUCUACCGCGUGAAGACGGAUCGCCUGAAGGUGAAGCAGCUCGGUCGCUACCGCUACCAGUUCUUCACCGCCGCCUACCAGAAGAUCGGCAGCCCCUUUCGCCGCCUCUACGACCGCGUUGUGGAGCUCUAUGCGCAGCAGUUGCUAGCCGACUACGAGAACCUGCAGGCCGGUCAGCCGACUUCGCUGGCCGCCAAGUGGCUGCCCAGUCCAGGUCGCCACUUUGACAAGUACCUCUACAUUCACGUGGCCAUUGGCCGGCGCUUUCUCGAGUUAAAAAGCGUCGACCAGCCGCUGGCGGGCGUCAGCCUGACCAGUCACCGGCAGGUGGAGAGUGCCUUUCGGAAGGUGUACGCGGCGCUGCGAGCGGCGAUGCACCUGCCCGAGGUGGCCAUGUCGGCGCGGGCCUGGGCCGACGUGCGCUACUACAACGUGCCCUCGGUGGCGAUGCUCCGCUACAAGGCGGUCUACAGUCGGGCGGACUUUGACCGUUUUGCCGCCUACGUCGCCGACCGGCCGGUCAAGGGCGGCGCCCUCACUCCCGGGGAGAUUGUCGCGGAGACGGUGAAGCUCGGCCUGGUUAAUGGCACCCUCUAUGGAGCGCUGAAGACGGAGAUGGCGAAGGAGACGGAGCUGCAGCUGGACGUGCUGGACGGACAGUGGAAGUCCCUGGUGACGGAUAUUAUGGGCAAAGGCCAUCUGCUGAUCAAGGACGCGCUGGCUAUCUGCGACGUGAGCGGCUCGAUGCUGGACAGCUCGCAGAAGGUCGCGCCGAUGUACGGCGCCAUUGGCCUGACGCUGAUGCUGCUGCAACUGAGCGCCGGCGGCCGCUGGGCGCGAAAGGUGAUCGCCUUCAGCGAGUCGCCCUCCAUUGCGGAGAUUGACAUCGAGUCGGCCAGCCUGCGCCAGCAGAUCAAGCGCAUGAUGUCGAUUCCCUUUGGCUACUCGACCAACCUGAACAAGGCCUUCACGCUGCUGCUGGAUGAGGCGAAGAGGAUGGAGCUGACCGGCGAGGAGAUGCCCAAGGUGCUCUUCAUCUUCACCGACAUGGAGUUCAACUCGGCGCUGCCGGAGAAGACAAACUUUGAGGCGGCGCAGGAGCAGUUCCGCGAGGCCGGCUUUCCCAUGCCGCUCGUCGUCUUCUGGAACCUGAAGGGCGACAAGGCGAGCCGCUCGACGCCGGUGCAGUGCCACGAGGAGGGCGUCUUCCUCCUGUCGGGCUACUCGGCGCAGACGAUCAACUUCUUCUUCACUGCCAGCGAUGUGAAGGAGAUGACGCCGCUCUCCAUGCUGCAGAAGAUUAUCGGCGAUGAGCGGUACAGCGGGGUGAAGGUGGUGCCGACCGGCUUUGAAGUUGAGGUGGUUUCCCCUUCAAGCCUGCAGCCAAUGGCAGUCGAUGAUGAGGUAGUGGCUGAAGAAGUGGCCCCUGUGGCUGAACAUUCUCCGAUGCGCGAGUGA